GUGACGCUGGGAAGCGAGUGCCAAGGGUACCGUGGCCUUUCAGGGCACGAGAAUGUACAGUUCUUUUCUGCAGGAUAUGGAAAUACAGCUACCUGGGUUGUGUAGGUUUCACCACUGUUUGGCAGCUGUACUCUUGUUGAGUACCUAUUCUAAGUGCACUAGUAAUGGAAACUCAUUGACUGAUGAUCUCCUGCUGCCUUACUCUCCAAAUCAGCAUGGCCCUCAACACAGUCACAGAUACGUCAGAGACUGUCAACCGAUACAGUAUGGAAACCUAACACAUGAAACGUGGCCUAGUAAUGCAUUGAAUAGUCUUCCAGUUGCCUCAACAAGAUUAUUUAUUUCAAAAUUUGAUACUGAAAAUACACAGCAAAGAACUUUAUAUGGCCAUUUUACAUUCAUAAAUAAUCCACUAAGGACAGUUUCUGUCUUGGAGCCUGGGGGACCUGGAGGUUGCAGACAUCAUCAAAGGGCCACUGUAGAAACCACAGCAAAACUCAGAAAGUGUCUUGUGGCUCAAAAUGCUGGCUUCUUUGAUACAAAAAAUGGGAAGUGUCAUGGGAAUGUAGUAAGUGAUGGCAAGCUGGUACAGAGUGCGGGAGGAUUACAGAAUGCACAGUUUGGCAUAAGAAAGGAUGGAACUCUAGUGUUUGGUUAUCUCUCUGAAGAAGAAGUGUUGGAUAAGAAAAACCCUUUUGUCCAGUUGGUGAGUGGAGUGGUUUGGCUUUUGAGAAAUGGCGAAGUUUACAUUAAUCAAAGUAAAACAGCUGAAUGUGAGAAGACCGAAGAAACAGGAACAUUUGACGUAUUCAUUAAUGCUCUUUCGGCAAGAACUGCUGUGGGACAUGAUAAAUCGGGAAGACUGAUUAUGUUUCACUCUGACGGAAAGACUGGAGACACUGGAUUGACCCUGUGGGAAUUGGCUGACCUCCUAAAAGAAAAAGGUGUUAUUAAUGCAAUUAAUAUGGAUGGAGGCGGUUCAUCUACCAUGGUUGUCAAUGGAACUCUGGCAAGCUACCCUUCGGAUAAGUGCAAGGAUAAUGAUGGCUGGCAUUGUGCUCGUAGUAUUUCCACGGUCCUAUGUGUCCAUGAUCCUGAUUGCGGACCUGAAAAUUGCAGUGGACAUGGGGAGUGUUUACAGGGAGAAUGCCACUGUACAGGUUACUGGAGUGGACCUGCCUGUGAAGUCCUUCUCUGUUGGUCUUCCAACUGCAGCUUACAUGGCGUCUGUACUGAAAGUGGUUGUAUCUGUGAUGCUGGCUGGGAAGGCAAAAACUGCAGUGAUGAAUGUGCUCCAGGUUUCUUUGGAGAUGGUUGCAGCAAGAUGUGUUCAUGCACAAAUGGCGGAACUUGUAAUCAUGUCCAUGGAACUUGUAUCUGCUCAUCUGGCUAUCACGGAGUCUUCUGUGAACAAGAGUGUCCUUUAGGUUGGUUCGGGCCACUGUGUCAACAUAAAUGUCAGUGUGAAAACCAGUGUCAAUGUCACCCAACGACUGGUGCCUGUAAUGUGACUCUUCAUACUGGAGCUAACGACACUCUGAACAGAGGUUACUGCUUGGCAUCCAUCUUGUUCGCAAAACAGAGGGAGAACGAUCAUCCGGAACAAAACUAUUUAGCAGAGAAAUAUUGGAUUAUUAUAACGUUUAUGUUGGGUCUGAUUUUGUUCAUCAGUGUGACAGGAAAUCUUAUCUGCAUGUUCUGUUCUGCAGACAGCUCUAAUCCAAAAUACAGUGGAACUCACAAGACAUACUCGUACAGUCCGCUAAAUGAAAACAUAACCCCAGAAGAAAUUGUUGAAUCAGAUCGCCUCACAGAAGUACAUUCUGAAACUGAGUUUUGAUAAUGUAUUACAAGAGAUUAAUUAGUAGGUGAUUUAAGAAAGAGAUUAUAUUUUAGCUACUGAUAUACUUCAUGUAAAAUGUUUUGAAUACAAAAAGAAAGUCCUGUAAAUUACACGAAAUACACAUGUAUAUGGUAUGUAAAUAGGACUGUAAACAUUUAUAUAUUUGUAUCAGCUGGCUGGCCCAGGUACUAUGUUUCCAUAUCACCAUGUGAAUGAUUUGGACCCAUCUGUAAUUACUUUUUAAGAUGUUUAUCAGGUGUAGAAGAAGAUGCUUGUUCUCAAAAAGGACAUGUAUUUAUUUUUUCACAUAAUGAUAUUUUUUGUGUCUUUUUACCAUGCACAUCUUAUUGACCAGUAAACCUCACCCCCUAUUGAGUCUACUUAUUGCCUCACCACCACUAGGGAGUCCCCAGUACAAGGGUGAAAGCUGACAACAGUGGUCAUCAUACAGGCAGACACAGAGAAGGUUUGUUCCCUUCCUUGGAUCCCACCAAUGAGUCCAUUUACAUGUAAGGCUCUAACCCCUUCCCUUUGGCUGACAGGAGCACCUGUUUCACUACAGGCUCCUCCCUGUUUGUACAUAUUCUCACCUGCACACUAAUGAUAGCUACCAUCACCAACUUGGGAGCACCAAGCCCAUGUCUCUGGUACUGAGCUUAGUGGUGCUGGCCAAACUUCCACUUUCAUGGUGGUGAACAGCUGACCAUUACCCCCACUACCCACUCCGGGAUGGGUGAACUUAUUCACUGUUAUCCUAUCCUGUGUGGCUAUUUCAACACUCAAGUUACUGUUUGAACUCGGGACAUCUGGCUCAUAAUAAUCAGGGCUUUAUCCCUCUGUGCCACAGACUCACUGUCAUAAGGAAAUCAGCAAAGCCCAGAAUCAGAGGACAGAACAUGUAUGUGUCCACAUACAGCCACAGGGAUGCCAAAUUUGUGGGUGUGCCGAUAGUCAUUCAGGGGAAUACCUUAUAUUUAAGAAGUGAACUGGUACUGGGUAUUGAGGCACCCCUCCAUCAUAUGGUAGUGUGAACACUAAUCUUAGACUUCCUGUCAUACAGUGGUUUGGCUCACAACAUCUUGACAUGUGGUUGGUGAGAUCUGUCAACAUGAGGUGGGAUAAUGGAUGCCAAACACCUCUGGGUUCUGAUUUGAGUAGCUAAGUACAGAAAAAAAAAUGCAGUGCUGGACCAUUUAUAAAAUGGAGGGGAAUGAAGAAAUAAGUUUCUCUGUAUAAUCUUAAAGGCAUUUAUAAAGGGCAAAACAUACAACUUUAGUUGUAAUUAUAGCUGCUAAGCAAGCAAUGUGUUUUAGAUCAUUGUGCUUUUCUACCUGUAUUCUAGGUUUUACAGUUCUACUUUACUGAAGAUGCUCCAGAUGCAAAAAAAAAAAAUGUUCUACAAAAUAACCAGAAAAUGCUGUACAGCUAUUUCUAAGCAUGUCCUCUGGAGGUCAAUUCACUCUGCUCAGCCUGUUUCAUUAACAGCAUCU